GGCUGUCUGGGACCUCCAUCAUGGGGAAUUCCCCUUCUCCAUGCCUAAAAGUAAGCUCAGCUGGGCCAGCCUUCCUGCAUUUGGGGAUUGCAGGCACAGAGCUCCCGCUCUGAAGGGCUCUCACUCCCCCCCAGCCCCUCCAGGACUCAGCCUGGGAUGCCUGGCUGGGAGGUAGGCGACUGAACAGCAGGCAUGGAUGGGAGAGGACCCUAUCAUAUCUAUGACCCUGGUGGGAGCUCAGAGGAGAAUGGAUCCACGGCCUUGGAGCGGCUGGUGGAGGAGAACGCCCGGCUGAAGGAGAAGAUGCAAGGGAUCAAGUCUAUCGGAGAGCUUCUGGAGGAGUCCCAGGUUGAGGCAUCCAAGCUGCGGCAGAAGGCAGAGGACCUCGUGAAGGACAACAAAAUGCUGAUUGGAUCAUCUUCCUUGGAGAACUUAGUGGAAACUGGAGCCGUCGGCCCUGAUCCCAGCUUUGUACGGGCAGCCCCAGGCAGUGCCCAGCCGGAUGUGGAAGCACGGAAAUCACCUCCGAGUGACUUGGAGCAGCCACCAACUGAGGAUGCCAACCUGCUGCCCCAGCUGCAGCAACUGGAGAACACACUGAGUGGCUGUGCCAAGGAGGCCAGCAAGGACCAGGUCUUUGUGCGCAUGGGCUACAUGGCCUCCGAGCUCAAGCGCUUGGCCUCCAAGGUGCACAAGAAUGAGCAGAGAACAUCCUUCCUGCAGACGCUGUGUGAGACCCUGCACAGUGAGAACAAGGAGCUGCGCACCAAGCUGGAGCACGACCUGGAGCAGAGAAACCAGGCUCUGGAGAAGCUCAGGUGUGAGAACCAGGAGCUCCGGAGGAUGGUGACUCUGAGCAGCCAGGACAAUGGGAAGAGGGAAGCUGCUGAGCAGCAGCAGCAGAGCGGGGCCAUGGUGGAGAAGGCGCCGGGCAGAGAAGAGCUGGAGGCCAAGGAAAAGAAGGUGAAGAUCCUGGAGCACCAGCGCAGGGAGCUGCUGGAGGUCAACAAACAAUGGGAUCAGCACUUCCGCUCCAUGAAGCAGAAGUAUGAGCAGAAGGUCACAGACCUACACCAGGAGCUGGCUGAGGCCCGCAGGGCAGUGACCGAGCUGGAGUCAGAGCGGGAACAAAAGCAACGAGAUUUUGACCGCAAGCUGCUCCUGGCCAAGUCCCGGAUCGAAACAGAGGAGGCAGAGAAGGAGAGGCUGGGCAUGGAGGUGAGGGACCUGCAGCAGAGGAUGCGGUUCCUGCAGGAGCAGCUGGCUCCUGUCACCAGGCAGCGGGAAUACCAGGAGAAGGAGAUCCAGAGGCUGAACAAGGCACUAGAAGAGGCCCUGAACGUCCAAGCCUCUCCACCACCCAUCUUUGCCAUGGAGCCAGCAGGGAAGCUGCCACAGCAGGAGCUGCUGACCCAGAAUGAGCUACUCAAACAGCAGGUGAAAAUUUUUGAGGAAGACUUCCAACGGGAACGGAGUGAUAGGGAGAGGAUGAAUGAGGAGAAGGAGGAGCUGAAGCAGCAGCUGGAAAAGCUGCAGAAGCAGUUGGUCCUCUCCAACAACCAGCUGCGAGCCUCCAAAGACGACUGCCAGAGGGAGAAGGAGGAGAAAGAGAAGCUGAAGAAGCUGCUGAAACAGCACAAACAGGCUUCUGGAGAGAGGCUGCACCCCGAGCCAGGGCCAGGGCCGCUGGGCCCAGCCUGCCCCAUGUACCAGUACCAGUACAGUCCCCCCAUGGCUCACCCCAUGUACCACGGCUACGAGGAGUGGCAGCAGAUCCGAUACCCGCCAGCCAUGCCGGGCGAGCACACGCAAGGACAGAACUUCCACCAUUUUCCCCCGCCCGAGUGCCCCUGGCGCCCGCCCUGUGCCAUGGCUCGCAGCCAGAAUGCCCAACCAGUGGCCGGGGUGAAACCAGUCCCCAAGGACUUGGGCAGGUCCUGGAUUGCCCUAACGCCGAGGACCGGCCACACUCCAACACCAGUGGAAGACGAGUAGGGUGUGUGUAUGUGCCCAUGUGUGUGUGUCCAGGAGCUUCCUCCAGCUGCCAAGGCCUGUGCAAGGACAUGUGCUGCACGUGGGGGGCUCAGCAGCGCCUUCCCCCAAGGAAAUCAUGAAGGAGGGACUAAAGCUGGCAUUGUGGUGGCAGCCAGCAUGGGGUCAGUCCCCUGCGGCCAUCCCCUUCCCCACGAGGAGCCUGGCCUGGCAUUGCUUUUGACCCAAGCCAGGUCUUCAGGGAAGAGGAGCCAGUGCUUCCCAGGAGCUGCCCCAAUCCAGAGCCCCUGGAGGCGCGGGUAACAGCGGGGACUCUCCCGGUGGUGGGAGACCCCACACUCGCAGGCAAGUGCUGGCCGCAGCCCUGGCCCAGCCUGAGGGUGGCUGGUGUCUUUGUAUUUAUUUAAGGACUGAAGUGUG